AUGCCAUCAGCACACCGUCAUGCAGCAACUAUAGAGUCGAGCUCAGGCACUGAUCAAGAGUUCUCGUCGGAAUCAGAUUCAGACGACUCAGAUGCAGAGCUCAUCCAGGUCCGUGCUGCACUUGCUCCUGCACCUCCAGAUGUGACAUCUCAAGAGCUGUGCAAGGCCCUCGAGAUCUCACAGAGACUAUUGCUCGACUUGCGUGGUAAAUGCCGUGAGGCUAUAAAGAAGAAUGCGCUCCUUGAGGCUGCAGUACCUAAAGGCCGCAAGUGUCGUAACCUUACUUCAAAUGAUCUUGCGAUGGCGGCCAAGGAAGACACCAUACAAGCUCUUGGGAGGAAAUACUCGAUAACCCACUGCCUUUGGAUCAACAUCGAACUUUUCCUGCUGUCAGCUCGCACCUGUCCAGACAUCGACCUCAAUAGCAAGGAGCGUUGGCUUACAGGAGUCUCGAUGGAGGAUGGUGUGAGGGCCGAGCUCUUCAAGUUCAUUCCUGAAGAAGAACGUGAAUUGAUGAGCUAUCAAAACUUUGGAUCUCAGUUUGGUAGGGGCAUCAGCAACGCUCAUUCCAAAAUGGCAUCCAAUGUCAAGUCAUGCGCAAGUGCAAUCUUUGGUCUCAAUGCGAGCAUCUUCAUACGAGGCUGGAAACAAAAUGAAGACCCUAACUGUCGCCCUCUUCUACUGAGCCCCCAUGGAGAGUACACAAAGUUCGUGCCUGUGCUUUUUCCUAGACCUGAUAAUCCAGUACCGCAUCAGUUGUUGAAAACUGCAAAGCUCAUGCAGGUCUUGAAAGUAUCGCUCUUCGGCAAGUCAUCAUUGGCACCUACAGGCGCUGCAUCUUCUAGGACAAAAGCCAAGAUCUGGAAAUUGCGAGCUAUAACGCCAGGUAUGAUUGCUGCUGCUGCUGUCAUGGCAAUAUUCCUACUCUCUGGUGAUGCAGAACUCACUGAAAUUGGUGACACUAUGAAGAUUCCGUACCGCAAAUACCACAACUUCUACUGUCAGCAUUUACUGACUGGAGGUGCCUGGGCGCACCAGGUCAUCGCAUUCUUCAAUGAUGCUCUUUUCUCAGGAACUUCGUCUUAUGUUCCCCCCUCUACUACUCUCAAUGAUGACGGACUGGGUCACACAUGGGAAGAAGACUUCAAUCGCGCAAUAGAAGACAAAUUAGCAGAACCAGUUGUUGAUGAUGGGACACCACCAAUCCCACCACAGCACGCUAAUGAUAAUACUAAUAGCGGUAGUGUCCAAGUCAAUGAGCUACUACCUAUGUCUCACUAUACUUCAGCUCCCUCAAUUCUGGCUCCCUCAAUUUCGGCUCCCCCUCCAGCUGUUGCAGCUCCCCCUGUAGUAACAGCUCCUCCUGUCGUCAAUAUGGCUCGAAGUUCAGAAUCUAUCUCCACUGCAAUGGAAGAGCUCAAUCUUAAGCACAAGGAUCCUGCUGAAUCUGAGCUUCCUACUCCAACUAAAGCACGCGCGGUACCGAAGGCACGGCACAAAGGCAAGACAACUGUGGAGGGUCAAGAUGUUGUUGUAAGGCGGUCAGGUCAGAAGGGCAAAUGA